AUGGAUCUCCAGUCUCCACCCACUGCUGUCAACAGUGAGGGGUCAUGCCCUGUCCUGGAUAGCCCCUCCACCCCCUCCCCCACACUCUCCCAGAUAUCCCUUCCAUCCAUCUCCAGUAACCCCACACCUGGUCUCCCUCAGCCCUCCACAACUUCAUCCUCCACAGAUAUGACCGUCGAACCCAUGCAAACUACUCCUGCAUCGUCCUCCCGGUCCCCAUCUUCCUCUCCGCCAUCUUCUCAAGUCGUCCAUCCGUCUGCCCGCUCCCCUCCCUCCUUUUCAUGUUCAGUCUCGCCUGCUCCUUCAGACAAAUCUAAACCGACAGAUCCUGCUACAUCCUCCAAUGACAAAACACCACCUUGUGCCUCUUCUGCCCACUCUGCCCGUCAGGCAUCCAAUCUUAUGACCUCUCCCACAUCUACGACGGCCUCCCUUAAGCCAACCAGCUUGGCCCUGAGCCCACCAACAAAAGGCCCACCUCAUUUUUCCGCUCCAUCCUCAACACAAGCCUCCUCCGCUAUCCCUACCACUACCAGCUGUUCUUCCCCUGCUCCCUCUGCCAACCCCCACUCUAAGCGCACCUUUGCCACCAUGGCCAAGCGAGUGAUAAUGGAGGAGAGAAUUAGGAAGGCUGAAGAAGAGAGUGCCAUGAAUGAGGAGGAAGACGAAGAACCGGAGGAGGACUUGUCCUUUGAUCAGUUGGUGGCAAAAGCAGAAGCUGGUGAUGCCAGGGCACAGACUCGCCUGGCUCAACACUACCUGAUUCUAGCCGAAGAGAAGGACGCAGAUGUAAAUAACCGCCUGGCUGUUAACUGGCUGAUUAAAGCGGCCAAACAGGGCCGAGGGCGUGCAGCGCGGCUGCUGCAGCGCUGUUGGAUACAGAGGAAAGGUGUCACUGCAGAGAAUGAGGUAGACGUGCGAAAACUGUCCACAGAGAGCAAGUUUGAGCAAGCGGUUCGUAAGGCGGCCAUGAUGAUGUACUGGAAGCUAAACCCAGACAGGAAGAAGAAGGUGGCUGUGGCUGAGAUGCUGGAAAAUGUCGGCCAGGUCAAUGCUGCACAAGGUGGCGCCACAAGCAGGAUCCCUGGCCCGACCUCGGACAAGACUCAAAAAGUUUUAGAGAGCAUGGUCAGCAGUGAUUCCAACCAGAUGGUGGACCUGGAUGAUUUCGUAGAGAUAACAAAGCAGUAUGCCCAGGGUAUCGUACCCUCUGCCUCCCAAAGCAGCAGCCAAGAUAAGCCUCAGGUUAAUCGCUCAACACUCCAGGAUAAAGGCAAGGAGGUAUCGCCUAAUCUGCAAGAUACGUCCCAGCUGGUCCCAACAGGUGCAAGGAAGACCCACAGAAGCUCUUGGGGCUUGGGUCGAGGUGGGAUGAUGCUGGACACCAAGCGCAGUGGAGCCAUUAAACGAGCCAUGGACAUCAAAUCACAUUUAAUGGUGCUGCAGUAUCCGCUCCAGAGCUUCUUCGAAAUGAAGGAGAGUCUCAUAGACUGGGCGUCACGGGCCGGCGUCCAGUGGCUGAGCACCAUCAUCCCCACGCAACACGUCAACGCCCUCAUCUUCUUCUUCAUCAUCAGCAACCUGACGGUUGAGCUGUUCGCCUUCGUCAUCCCUCUGCUGGUCUUCUACCUGUCCUUCAUCUCGAUGGUGAUAUGCACGCUGCGCGUAUUCCAGAGUAGCAAGACUUGGGAGAACUUCAGCGCCCUGACGGCCCUGCUGACACGGUUUGAACCCAGGCUGGACGUGGAACAGGCAGAAACCAACUUUGGCUGGAACAAUCUCGAGCCGUACCUUUAUUUCAUCCUCUCCGUCUUCUUUGUCAUCUUCUCCUUCCCUGUGGCUGACAAGGGCUGGAUUCCCUGUUCGGAGCUCUCCACGGUGGCCAUCUUCUUCACUGCUGUCAGCUACAUGAGCCUCAGCCCUACUGCCACUAUGUAUGCACGUCGAGCGAUGUUCAUAGAGGUGGCGUCGUCCCUGUGUGCCCUGACCACGUUCCUCCCAAAGCACAUGGCAGUGCCUCGCAUGUUUGGACACACCUUUGCUACUCUGCCACUCGGGGAAUCGGUGGUGCUGAAGCUCAGUCUUCCCUGCCUGUUAUAUGUUUACCUCUUCUAUCUUUUCUUCAGCAUGGCAAGGAUGCGAGGUUUCCGGGGCACGUACUGCUUCCUGGUCCCCUACUUGGUGUGCUUCAUGUGGUGCGAGUUCUCGGUGGUGCUGCUUCAGAAUUCUUCUGCUGUGGGUCUGAUCCGCACCUGCGUUGCCUACUUCCUGUUUCUGUUUGCCCUGCCCGUGCUGGCCUUUGGUCUGGCUGCCAUGCUCCUCGUUCAGCUUUUCAAGUGGUUCUUGGAGCUAGAACUGACCAAAAUGAUCGUGACACUGGUUGUAUGUGCCAUCCCUGUCAUCCUGCGGCUCUGGACGCGGUUCAGCAUGUCCAUCCUGGACGUGUUUCGCUCCCUGACGCACCGCGGGGCCGUCAAAGUCAUCCUGUUCUGCGUCUCCAUGGUGAUCCUGUUCUUCUGGAUGUACUUGCACCACACCGAGGGGCUGAAGGUGUACAACUCCACCUUGACCUGGCGGAAGUACAGCCAGCUGUGCGGUCCCCCAGCGUGGCAGACCAAAGGCAUGGCUCAGACGCAGAUCUCCUGCAGCCACCUGCAAGGUCACAGGGUCACCUGGACCGGACGUUUCAAGCACGUUCGCGUCGCCGAGACAGAGAACGGAGCUCAGUCGGUCAUUAGCCUGCUGCCAGUGUUCAUGGCGGACUGGCUGCGGUGCCUGUACGGGGAGAACUACCCAAAAUGUGAGCCAAAGAACACCACGGUUGCAAACCUUACCGCCAGCUUCGCGGCCGGCUCCACCCCAUCCUCCGUUGACAUGCCCAUACUACUGCAAAUACAGGAGGAGGAGGAGCUCUGCCAGAUGAAAGCGCUGGCCAAGUACACGUGCCAUGUCAAGCGCUUUGACAGUUUCCGCUUUGAGGUGACGGUAGGGAUGAUCCGAGAUAAAGGCAUGGAUGCAGACGACCCAGCCAGCGAUAUCGUCCUGAUGGCCAGCCAUGAGUUCAGGCAAGUCCUGCUCAACCUCGACCCCGGGAACAUGGUUGAAUUCAGCACCAAACUAGAGGGACGUCUAGGGGCCCGGGCUCCAGCCUUCGAGUUAAAGGCAAUCCACUGUCUGGACUGUGUUUCCUCACUUUUGAAUAGAGGCCGGCAGGUGAAGAUAGAGAGAGACUGGAGACGCACUACAAUGCGAGCCAUGAAGUUUGCCUUCGAUUUCUUCUUUUCUCCCUUCUUGUCGGCAAGAAUCGGCGUCUAA